AUAAAUGUUUAUAUUUUCUUUGGUAUCCUGUCAAUCAAUUUCCAGUGUCAUGUAAUUUCAAAAGUCCAAAGCAUAAGUUCCUUCUACAAUAGUAAAAUGGGUUUGAAAACAAGCAUUAAAGACAGUUUAAGUUCUCUUUGAACUAGUUACAUGCUGUGUCAAUGUGGUGGGUGGUGUGCGUGGUGAGCCUGGUGACCGUCGGAGCUGGUGCUCAGUUCUACAGCCAUUACAGCUAUGAAGGUCCAAAUCUCGACAAUGAUUAUGAAGACGAAGCUCCGUUGCUGUCCCGUCGUCCCGACGCGGUGACCAGGGUACGACGCUUCGGAAGCGGGGACCUCAGGAUGCUCAACCCUCAAGAAAUAUACGACGUUAAAGGUGCGAUAAAGCGACUGCUUUCCGGCAGAAUGGUUGACAUUACGCCAACGAGAAGGUCCAGUAAACAAAGCACAAACCGGAGUAAAAAUGAGAAGCAACAUACAGGCGCAAGGCUGAUGCCGACCAGGUCGCGUCCCACCAGGGCUCCCAUUAUGGAGGACGACUGGUUUCGCGAGAGGGCAAUCCUGAGGGAAGAUACAACCACCACAACAACGAGCGACGAGAUCACCGCAACGACGAUGACACCGACCAGGAGCUCACUGACUACCGCCCCCGAGGAACCAACGACUCCCACCACCGCAACGCACGCUGAAACAACGCCCCCGCCUACCACUAAUGAGGUUACGACAGAUUUGCUACCGACUACCACCCCCACUACAAGUAUUGAAACGACCACGCUAGCUAAGACCCUCACCACCGAAUCGGAUGCGCCAGGAGAGACCCAUGCCACCGAAUCAACACACACUACUGAAACGGACUUGCCAGGGAAGACCCACACAACUGAAUCGGAGACAACAGCGAAGUCCCUGACUGCCGAUGAGGACGCCGCAACAAAGACUCUGAACGAAUCCACACAUGCGUCAACGAAAACCCCGCAUACCUACUCAAAAACCACUGUAGCAGGGGAAAGCACGUCCAGGAGGCUUACCACCACGACCUCCAUGAGUACCAGUGAAACUCCUGAACCUGAAACGACGGAAACAUCCGGUCCCAAGUUUGACAUCGAAGCUCUCCUGGCCAUCGUCGCAAACAUGACCUAUGACUACGACACCAAUCUGACGCAACAGCUGAACGAGACGCUGCAACGGUUCUCGAUCCCCACGUGCGAGAUCCCCACCACCACUACCACCGUCUCCACUACGGAAACCACCACCGAAGUAUGGUACAAUACCACCAUCGUCUCGAAGUGUUUUGUAUGCGGUAUGGAUACCCACGGUAUACCUCGCAACACUUACUGCGCAGACGCCUUCGCCACCGACUUCCUGCCGCUGGUGCCUAUUGAUCCUCGCGCCAAAGGCCAUAUCUCCCGAUUUAGGAAAUACUGUCGAUAUCUCGAUGUUAACAAUUACCAGCGCAAUAGGUCUGAUCCUCGUGCGUUGUUGGGUCGUUGGACCGGUGGCUGUGCGGUCCGGUGGGUCGACCUGAGCGGCGUGUACACCCAGCGCACGUGCCGCAACCGAUUCCGACCGACGACCGGCCGGCAUUACGGCAGCAAGAGGAUGGCCAAACUGGAAUUAGCUUUGGCUAACGUAGAUGACGGUUGCGUGACCAGCCCCAUGGCGACGCUGGUGCCUCUCUCACGCGGUAUUUCCCUCUACGCGCGGUUCCAUGCCUGCGUCUGUACUGGUAAUUGGUGCAACAGGGCCGUAGUUGAGCAACAAUGGACUGCUUGGCUGUGGUUGUUAUUGGUCAUCAUGGUGGAAGUGGUAAGAUGAAGUUUGUAAAUGGCGGCGCACGAGAAAUCGCGAAAAAAUAAGUAUAUGUCCUCAAGUCGCGAUUAGUGUGGUAAUCACAAUAUAUUAUUUUUAGUAAAAAAAAUGGUUUUUAUUUUCUUCUUUUCAUUAUUCUUUAAUGAAACCCGGUGCAUUGUACGCAGGACCGUGCGCUCCCAUUAUUUGUAGGAUUUGUAAUGUUUUUAAUUAUUUUAUGUGAUCAGUCCAGUGUCUUGACAAACUUUUAUGUUUAUUAUACUUUUUAAUAAUGUUAUAAAUAUAUUUUACACUUUACAAUAUAAGUAAGA